AAUUUAUUGUUUUAACUUGAUUUUUAAAAAGAUAUUGGCUUUAAAAAUGAGCCAGAUUAAUUUCUUUAUUUGUCUUCUCUUAUCUGUUAUCUUGAAUCUUAUAAUUAAGGGAGAAAAGUGAAAAUAUUUGGAAAAUAUUUGCAGCACCCUGUUUUACCGACUACAAAGAGAAAAAACGUGACGAAACACAAAUAUUUUUGUGUUUAUGUUGGAUUUGUAGGUCGAUUGAUGUAUGUUCGAGCAUCUACAAGUGAAUACGUUUGGGCGUAGCGCGAAAAAGCCGCUGAAAAGUCGACGAAAAAGAUGAAAAAAACGUAGGAAAGGAAAAGUGAAUGAACUUUUUGUGAGGCCGAUCGAGUCGUGCCGUCCGUCGACAACAUCAUCAAAAAUUUCGACUUGAAUACGGCGAUCUCGAGUUUGAACAAACGCACACACACACGAAAUAGGUACGUUGAUGCGAUUAGUAAUGCGAAUCCCGAUACCGUGCGUUGUGGAGAAAACAGUGAUAAAGCCAGUCCUUACAUCGCCAGCAGGUGGAAUGGAUUGAAGCGGUCGUGCUCGCGAAGAUGGGUUUUCGUUGACGGUGCCACACUAUGAGAUGCAUAUAUCAGAGCCCCACACGGCCCCGAACAGCGCCCACAUCUUGACAAAAUGUUCCAAAAUGACAGAGGAAGGCCACAAAAGACAUGGAAUGAAUGGAAAUGUUGACAGGAUCUCAAAGGAGCAGGGCCACAAAACCAACUAUGGUCAGGGAGGCCGACUUAAAUUCUUCAAAGAUGGCAAAUUUAUUUUGGAACUUGAACGAGCCAGGGAAGGUGAGAGGGUAUCCUGGGUUUCGGUACCAAGGAAAACGUUUUGGCCUCCUCAGGGUACCGCGUCCUCCACACCGGCCUACAAGCAGGAAAGCAGUACCUCGCUUAGCGUGUCAGACGACAACAGUUCGAUACAAUCGUCGCCGUGGCAACGCGACCACAGCUGGAAACAGACCACGCCUCGUCGCAACGUCUCCCAAGAGAUGGCGCUGUACUUCUGGCGGCCGAAACGGCGCAGGCGCCAGUGCAGGGGGCGCGGCGUGAAGAGACGACGCCCCCUCUCGGUUGUGUUAGACGUCAAAGAAGAGGACGCGGCGGUGGCGGCGGGAAGAGUCAGAGAGAAGAGGAGGGGGAAGUCGUUGAGUUUGAUAGUGCAGAGUUUGCUGGAGAGGACUGCUCGAACUAGUACGCCACCCAGGCCGGAAACCGUGGUGUCUCCGAGAAAGAGGUUUCUGAGGGAGAUGGAGAAGGAGAGGACACCCUCGGCCUCGAGUAGCCCGAGUUCGGACAGGCCCGGGUCUAGCGACGAUGGCUCGACUAAUUCCGCUCAAAAAAGAAGUCGAGGGCGUCCGUUAGGAUCCGGGGGACCACCGGUGGCCAAGACUCCUCCCGCCUCUGCGAUCAGAGGUGAGAAACUGGGUAACUCGACGCCGCCUCCGUUGCAAACCUCCGUGAGGUGUAACGGUGUGGAGGACGUGUCCAUGAACAGUAGCAAACCGGCCAAAAAUUGCAGCUACAGUAUAACCUCUUUGCUAGCGGAGGACCAUCACAAAAGUAGCGCGAAACAGUCGCCGAACCGAUCGCCAAAUCGAUUUUCGCCGGUGGUGACGCAGAUGGGGGUCCCUCAGGCGACUCGGUAUUGUUCCCCGGUGACGUCAGAAGACAGGUUAUAUUCGGAGAGCGUGGACAGACUCAGGUCCAUCGAAUUAUCGCAAGUGGAAAAAUGCGGUUAUCCCGCCUCGUACCCCCCUCCCCCACAGCCCUACCUUACCACGCCUUACAUCUACCCCUUCCCGCCCAUUCCCCCUUACUACGGUCCCGGCGUGUACGGCAGAGCCCCGGCCGGGUACGUGGUGCCGCAGCCGCUGUAUCACUCCCCUCACCACGCCCACUCGCCGACGCCACACCCCCUGGCCGCGCCCCACCACGUGGCGGCGGCGCAUCACGCGGCGCUCAGGAGGGAGAGGGGGGGUUCGACGGCGCCCGCGUGGACCAAUAGCGGCGGCGGGGAGGAGCAGAGAGGAAGGAGGGAGGUGAAGGACGCGAGGGAGGAGAACGUUGAUAUGCCUUUAAAUCUUUCAAAGCAUUCAGGAUGAAAUUCAACCAGGACCGGGAGUUGCCUUCGACGAUAAUAUACAGUAAGAUAAAUAAAAAGUUUAGAAUUAAACAGGACUUUGAAAAGCGUUUUUUUUUGUAAAUUAUUUUUGUAUUUUUUUACGUUUUGAGAUGUUGAAAAAAAAUUGUUACAGUAUAUAAAUAAGCAUAAUAGGGAAUUAACACUAAAAAUAGUCGUCAUCCGUCUUGAAAAACAAUGUCAAAAUAGAGUACCAAUUAUCAGUUUUUAAAAGAAUGAAAAGAAGAAAUUAUGGAAGAUUUUUUUUAUUGUGAGUUCGAAAUUUGGAAUGAAAAAUGUGCAAUUGUAUAAUUUGACAAAAUUGUAUUUUAUAUCGGUUAAAACUUGUAAAUAUUAUUUUUUUACAGAGAAGACAAAAACUUUUGAAACUUGUUUAAUUAUUAUUUAAAAAAAUUUCCUACCUAAAAAAAUAUAUUAACAAAAAAAAACAUGUACUAGUAUAUUUUUGUGUAAAAUGUAUAUAGUUAGGACAGGAUAAUAUUAAAAUUGUAUAUAAUUUCUCCAAAAAAAAAACAUAUCACUCUUAUUUAUUUAAUUUCGACAGUUCUUCCUUGCAGAAGGAAUAUUUCCGACGUUUUGCUUCAAGCAUUUUCAAGUCUAUUAUCGAAGAAAAA